CCGAACUCUGGGGAGAUGCUCCAGGUGCCCGGAGCCGGGAGCGCGCUUGGCUCCGUCUGCUCCCCCCUCGACCCCCCCCCACCCCGGAGCCUGCAGCUUAGUGACACCCGGCUCCCGCAGCCCAGGCACGGUGGGGCGGGCGGCACAGGAUCCCUGAGCGUCUGGGGCAGGGCUGAGGGACCCGGCACCUUCCCGCGGCUGGAGCAGGCUUGCAGCACCAGACCCGGCAAUGCCGUUUGGCUGUGUCACCCUGGGAGACAAGAAAGAUUACAACCAGCCAUCUGAGGUGACUGACAGAUAUGACCUGGGACAGGUCAUCAAAACGGAGGAAUUCUGUGAAAUAUUCCGGGCCAAAGAGAAGACGACAGGAAAGCUCUACACGUGCAAGAAGUUCCUGAAGAGAGACGGGCGGAAGGUGCGGAAGGCGGCCAAGAAUGAGAUCAUCAUCCUCAAAAUGGUGAAGCACCCUAACAUCCUGCAGCUGGUGGACGUGUACGUCACCCGCAAAGAGUACUUCAUCUUCCUGGAACUGGCCACAGGCCGGGAGGUGUUCGACUGGAUCCUGGAUCAGGGUUAUUACUCUGAACGGGACACCAGCAAUGUCAUCCGACAGGUGCUGGAGGCCGUCGCCUACCUGCAUUCACUCAAGAUUGUGCACAGGAACCUCAAGCUGGAGAACCUAGUGUAUUACAACCGCCUGAAGAACUCCAAGAUCGUAAUCAGUGACUUCCACCUGGCAAAGCUAGAGAACGGCCUCAUCAAGGAGCCCUGUGGCACCCCAGAGUAUCUAGCUCCGGAGGUGGUGGGACGCCAGCGGUAUGGACGGCCUGUGGACUGCUGGGCUAUCGGUGUCAUCAUGUACAUCUUGCUGUCGGGGAACCCACCCUUUUAUGAGGAGGUGGAAGAGGACGACUACGAGAACCAUGAUAAGAAUCUCUUCCGCAAGAUCCUGGCCGGCGACUAUGAAUUUGACCCGCCUUACUGGGACGAGAUCUCCCAGGCGGCUAAGGAACUGGUGACCCGUCUGAUGGAGGUGGACCAGGACCAGAGGAUCACAGCUGAAGAAGCCAUCUCCCACGAGUGGAUUUCUGGCAACGCCGCCUCCGAUAAGAACAUCAAGGACGGCGUCUGCGCUCAAAUUGAGAAGAACUUUGCCAGAGCGAAGUGGAAGAAAGCCGUGCGAGUGACCACGCUUAUGAAGCGGCUCCGUGCACCCGAGCAGGCUGAGCCGGCAAAGCCGACCCUGCCAGCUGCCGCCAUGCUGGACAGUGCCACCUUGCCAGCCCCCGCCACUGCCACGCAGCCUGCGGCCACCGCCACACCUGACAGCACUGCCCCAACAGCGGGAGCCCCAACUACGUGUAAUGGAGAAGAAGCCACUGCCCCCAGUGCCACCCCCGAGGCCUGGACCGAGGAAACCGGCUGAACAGGAGGGAUGGGGUGGGGAAGCACUGGAUCUCUCAUUGUACAUAGUUGCUGGCAUGGUAUCCAAACCUCCCUGGCUCUCUGUCUGUCCCUGCUAUGUGCCUGUCUGUCUGACUCUGUCUACCCCCAGCUGGGCCACUGCACAGAGCUUCUAUUUUCUAUGUUCCUGAGCCUGGAGCGACCCAAUAGGCCCAGUUGGACAGACAGAGGCAGAAGCAGAGCCCCUUGCAUGGAGUUUUCUCUCUCUCCCUUUGCUUUUCUUUUCUCUGUCUCCUUUGGUGGCUUUGUUGGUUUCCUUUCCUCACUGGAGGCUGCUCUCUGAGUCUGCCCACUCACUGAACCACCUGAUCCCCCAUCACUGGGCCAAGCGAGAGGAAGCCGGCACGUCAGGAUCAAACACAACCACCCUCCUGAGUUCCAGAUCCAAUUGGGAGCCUGGACACAGAUCCAACUGUGUCCAUACCCAGCACUUGUGUGUGUGUGCAUUUACAUACAGCUGCAUGUAUGUGCUGUGUGUCCAUUGCAGUGUAUGUGUCUCCGGACAUGGGGUGUUUGUGUGGGUGUCCAUAUGAAUUAGUGCGUGUCUGGGUGUCUGUGAUUAUACAUUGGUGUGUGUGUAUGGGUCUCUGGGUGGGUGGGUGUGUCCAUAUGUGUAUCCAUGGGUGAACAAGUGUGCGUUUAUUGGGUGCAUUCACCCUGGGAGUGGGGAGAGAGGCAAUCCUGAGCCAUUUAGGGAAGGAUCUGAGCACCAGUCUGGAGAGCAGCAGCUGAGCUGAGCUGGCUGGAGGGGUGGGGUGACAAGGAGGCAGGGAGGGCUUGAGAUUCAAGUGGCCUAGGACAGGGAUGCUGCACUUAGAUCCCAGAUAAAGCUUCCCAUGCAAUUGCUGGCACCAGUGGGACUUCCCCUCUCAUGCCUACAGGUUCCUGUUGAAUCAUAGGAUCAUAGAAGAUUAGAGUUGGAAGAGACCUCAGGAGGUUAUCUAGUCCAACCCCCUGCUCAAAGCAGGACCAGCCCCAACUAAAUCUUCACAGCCAGGGCUUUGUCAAGACAGACCUUAAAAACCUCUAAGGAUGGAGAUUCCACCACCUCCCUAGAUAACCCAUUCCAGUCCUUCACCACCUUCACCGAGCUUGCUUGGAGCUUUGGGUGAUGUGCAGAGAGCAAGUGGCCUGGGUGUCCCUCCUCCCUGCUGUAAUGGUGGCAUCUGGCCCCAUGGACUGCAGACCUGCCUUCCUCCCCGUGGAUGAGGGAGAUGCCUGAGCAUCAGCGCUGCCUCACCCUGGCCAGUAAGCACUGGGUAUGUCCUGUAUCUCCCUAAUCUGCAUCCACAGCAGGCUCCAGAAGGGGCUGGAUCCACGUGGGGGUGAGACACAUCAUCCCUACACUCUGCUCCGCUGCUUUAGAGCCUGAACCCACGGCAGAUACAGACCAGACUCCACUGACUCACAGUGGCAUCCUCCCAGCAUGACACUUUUGGUCUCACUGCUGCCUUCACAGGCUCACUGGUGUCACUGACAGCAAUGGUCCUGCUGCCAGGCUGUGGGCACCAGGGCUGCCUGUGGUGGCUCAAUGUGUGGAGGAGCCCAGCAUUUGUGCAUCACGGCCACCGCUGGAGCAGCGCUGGGAGGAACAAGGGGGCUGCUGGGAAUGUCCAAGGGG